AAAACGCCAUCGUUUACUUUCCCAUCGAGAGAAAAGUAGGAAUGCUUCAAUUUCUGUUCUACUUCUAGGGCUACCCCAUUUCUCUUUCUCCCACAAGCUCUGAAAAAAGUAAGAAAAGCAGAGAAGAGAAGAGAAGAGAAGAGAAGAGAAGAGGUUUUGUCAAUUUGAAACAAUGGCGACGACAGGGCAGCCAAAACGACAAGGACAACAGCAGCAGCAGCAACAACAACAAAAUAAAACGACGGAGAAGAGAAAGCCGGUGUUUGUGAAAGUAGAUCAGCUAAAACCAGGGACAAAAGGCCACACCUUAGUCGCCAAGGUAUUGUCCUCUAACAUGGUCCUUCAAAAGGGUCGAGCCGCUUCUCGAAAUCUCCGCCAAACCCGCAUCGCUGAGUGCCUUGUCGGAGACGAGACCGGCACUGUCCUCUUCACUGCUCGUAAUGAGCAAGUUGACUUGAUGAAGCCCGAUGACACUGUAAUUCUUCGUAAUGCGAAGAUCGAUAUGUUUAAGGGUUCUAUGAGGCUGGCUGUCGACAAAUGGGGCCGCAUCGAGGUCACUGACCCUGCCAACUUUGUUGUUAAAGAGGAUAACAAUCUAUCGCUUGUCGAGUAUGAGUUGGUUAGUGUGCUUGAAAAUGACGAGAUUGCUGAGACCUAAGCUGCUGGAUACCGAAAGAGUUCUUAUGGAUUGACCUGAUGAUUCUGGUUUACCCUUCAUAAUGUUGGCGAGAUGCUAUUAUGGUACAAUUUUCAUUGUGAACGUGUUGGGUUUGGUAUACAAAUCUUGCUGAUGGUUGGUCUUCUGCAUCAUACUUUUUAACAUCUAAUGGUCUAGAUUAAGUACUAGUGGAAUAUGUACAAGACUGCUUUCUAGUGAACAAAUUGCAUCUGGAAAUUUAAGUGUUGAUAGUAAGAUCUUUCUAAAUCGAGUUGUUCGUUGGUUUAAA